AUGACUGCAAUUCGUUCACGAAACGCGAAAAUAUCUUUCGAGAUCCACCACGACGAGCUGGAUAGGACCGAGUCUUUGGAUGGGGAGGACCAGGCUAUGGAGGAAUCACGAGACGAGAGGGGGGAUGUGCAGGAGGAAGAAUACGAAGAUAUCUCUGAUGAGGAAGAGGUCGCCGAUCCUGUGCUGCAGGAGGAUAUGCUCAAGUUUCAAGAGACAUUCAAGGGAAUAAGAGAACGUUUUCGAUUGAUUGGUCGCAUCGGAGAAGGCACAUUUUCAACUGUGUACAAGGCGGAGGAUCUUCUGUAUGAGCAGUAUCAUAAUGAAUGGGAUCUCGAAGAAAAGGAAAACUCCCAAUGGACAUCACCACCCUUGAGGAAGCGUAGAACGGGACUGCAGCAUGCAUUGGCGAAUAUCGACGAGUACGCUCAACAGAGGCGGCGGCCCAAAUACGUUGCUAUCAAGAAGAUCUAUGUCACGAGCAGUCCAUUGCGAAUUCUCAAUGAGAUUGAGCUACUCAGCAAGCUUCAGGGCUGCGAUUCCGUGUGCCCUCUAAUCACAGCAUUUCGGCAUACGGACCAGGUCGUUGCGGUCUUGCCUUAUUUCAAACAUACUGAUUUCCGGGAUUACUUCAGGAUGAUGACGGUGCCAGACAUGCAAAUAUACUUUAGGUCACUCUUUACGGCGCUGAACGCAACUCACGAGGAAGGAAUUCUACACCGAGACAUCAAGCCUACCAACUUUUUGUACGAUCCAGCCAAAAAGCGCGGUGUGUUGGUUGACUUUGGCUUGGCUGAGAAGGAAGGGUCAGACUACAAGCCAUGUCUUUGCGAAGGAGGAUCUUCAAGGCAUGACGAGCGACGACGCCGUCUCCAUAAUAGUGUUGCGGUUGGAAUGGGACCUUCAAACGGUUAUCCCAAGAACGAUUCCCGGCCCUCUCGACGCGCAAACCGUGCUGGUACGCGUGGGUUCCGAGCACCAGAAGUAUUAUUCAAGUGCACAGCUCAGACCACCAAGAUCGACAUAUGGUCAGCUGGCGUUAUGCUCCUGACUAUCUUGUCCCGGCGGUUCCCCUUUUUCAACUCAGCUGAUGAUGUCGAGGCUAUGAUUGAGAUAGCUACGAUCUUUGGCAUGAAGAAAAUGAAGCAAUGCGCGUACCUUCACGGUACUAUGUUCGAGAGCACUAUUCCGACUAUCAGCGAGAAAGGCUUCAGUAUUGAGAAGAUUAUCUUAUGGUCAACGUGCAGGAACGACGGCGGGAAAGAUGGAGGCGAGAUUCCCUUGACGGAUGAAGAAAAGCUGGCUGUGCGAUUCCUUGAGCGCUGCUUUGAACUUGACCCGAACAAGCGCAUCAGUGCUGCGGAGGCGCUGGAGCACGAUUUCUUGAGGGAGACGGUUUACUCUGAUGACGACGACGAAAUGCAUAUGGUGGGAGCUUGA